UCUUCAAUUACUCCACCCAUAAAAACCACCACCUCACUCCUAUCUCACUCCCUCGCCACUCACCACCGUCCCUUUCUCUCUCAUCGUCUCUCGCCGAAGUCGCCGUCGACUUGUUCUCCUCCCUCAUCGUCUCCGGCGUCCAAUAAUCUCGGCCCCAGGGAUUUGAAGUAGUCAUCUGAAGAGAUUGCAAACCAAUGGAUGGAACAGUGAAAUCGCAACUCGCAAUUCAAUCUGCAAAAGCCGCUCAUCUCAUAUUGAGGUUGAAAGGCUCCUCCAAUCGUCACCGCCGGCUUACGUUUCAGAACAAGGAUGAGACGGUGUUAGAGGAAGAGAUACUGAAGAAGGAGAAGGAGAUUGAGGAUCUGAAGAUGAAAUUGGUGAUGGAGCGUCGGAAGAAUAAGAGGGUUAAGCUCUGUGGCAGCUUAAUGCAGCUUCUUCUUCCCCUCAUCCUGGUGCUGCUCUCUCUCUCACUCUGGUUUUCACUUUCUGCUGUUUAUUUUCAAUGAAUAGGAGUCAGAAUUAUAUGCUUUUUAGCUUUGUUGGUUGAUCUAUUUGUUUGUUUCAAUCAAGUCAUGUGUAUAAAAUAGAAAAAGUGAAUUGAAAAUGUGGAUACCACCAGACUAGAGGAUGAAUAUUUGAACAUCUUGGUUCAGUUGUUAAACAAUGAGCACCAAUGCAUACUUGAGUGGUGUAAGAAA